AUGGCGAGAUGCUCAGGAACGGCCAGCCGGAUGCAGGACGCAGUAGGAACUAAGGGAAAAAACAUACAGUUACAUCUCCCAGGGAAAAGCCGGCAGCAGUUACAGCUACAUCUCCCAGGGAAAAGCCGGCAGCAGUUACAGCUACAUCUCCCAGGGAAAAGCCGGCAGCAGUUACAGCUACAUCUCCCAGGGAAAAGCCGGCAGCAGUUACAGCUACAUCUCCCAGGGAAAAGCCGGCAGCAGUUAGUACUUGAAAGUGCAGCUAUUGGUGCUUUGCAGGAGGCAAGUGAGGCCUAUCUGGUUGGCCUUUUUGAAGAUACCAACCUGUGUGCUAUUCAUGCCAAACGUGUAACAAUUAUGCCAAAAGAUAUCCAGCUAGCACGCCGCAUAUGCGGAGAACGUGCCUAG